AGUUGCCUCCCCUGUCUUUGUUGUCGAUCGAUGUUGAGAAUUUAAUGGGUGUCGAUUAAAACUCCGCUUAGCCAAAUUGGCUUACUUCGAAAACAUCCUCUUUGUGACCGAACCGCUCAGAUGACUUCACCAAGUUCGGUUGAAAUGGACCAGCGGUUGACUCCCCCUGGCAGCCAGCCUCUGACUAUCGACGACGCCACAGUCAAUGACGUCACUACGGACAGCCCGACGUCAUACAUCCGCCAAGGCGACAGCUUCAUAUGUACCCUCUGCAGCAAGGUGGUCACCUCCAAAGCCGCCAUAGUCCGCCACAUCCAGCUGACCCAUGAGAAACGGAAACCCUACCAGUGCAAUAUCUGUCACCGCCGCUUCGGCUACAAGAACAUUCUGAUGGAGCACCAGAACGUCCACUACGGUAUCAAGCCGUACGCGUGCAACCUCUGCGAUAAGCGGUUCGCGGCCAGGUCAAAUCUCUUCCAACACCGUCUACUUCACAGGAAACCCUACUCGUGCGAGUUCUGCUCCAAGCGAUUCGACCGGACGGACCAGCUGAACAGACACAUGCUGUCUCACCCCGUGCGGAACAUGCUGUCGUGCACCAUGUGUCCGUUCAAGACGUCGGGGCAGCACAACCUGAGCCAGCACAUCAAGGAGAGUCAUUCCCUUCAGAUGUUCGACACCCAGAGACUCCAACAGUCGGUCGACGAAGGCGGAGGAGUCGCGGCGGGUCAGAAUCUCGGGCUGGGGAUGUUACCGAACAUGGACACCACCGAGGCUCUGAAGACGAUCGAUAACAUCUGCUCCCAGCUGGCCUCGCGUCCUCAGCAGAUGGAGAUGACGAGGCAAAUGCAUAUGGCGCUGAAGCAAGAACCCAUGUCACCGUCACAACAGCAUCAGUCUGCCAUCUCCAGGUCGGGUCAGUUUAAAAAUCUUUCUCGGAACUCUUUACCGGCAUCUGUUUCUGGAGGUGCUGGAUCUAAUGGGACCUCAGUGAUGUCGACGUCCUUGUUUGGACAGUCAUCCUCUAUGGGUGACAUUCACAUGGAUGGUGAGGGAAAUGCCGCAGGUUCUGGCAAUCCUUUGUCUUACGGAGGACCUGUGUUCCCUAACAUGAUGUCUCCAUCUUUCAGCAACAACAGUAAUAACAGCAACAGCCUCAGCAUGUCCCAAAACAGCGACCACAACAGAGAGAUCCACGCAUCACCAUCACCUUCAAUCGGUUCAGGUCUUCUUUCAGAGACCGCUUCACCCAAAAGGAUGUCCUCGCCUAGCGCAUCUAUAUCCAGAUCCUGCUCGGCAGUGGACCCCACAAAAUCUACAGCAGCAGACUCCACCAGCAACCUGUCCGAGGUGAUCUGCGGACUUCAGAGCGUCCUGCAGAAGGCUCAGGAGAUUCCGGAGAUCAGCAUCCAGGUGGCGAAGCCGAGGUCGGGGCGCGACGCGUGCACCCAGCACACGAGUCACAUCGUGGGCAUGCCCAGCCUCCAGGACGCGCUGUCGUUCUACGAGGCCCAGGGCAAGCUGUACCGGUGUCCGCACUGCAAGAUCCUGUUCGAGGAGCGAGGCAUGUUCUUCCUCCACAAGUCGCUGCAUGGGGAGAUGAGUCCCUGGGAGUGCAGCAUCUGUCACAAGAUCUGUUCCGACAAGAACGACUUCAACCUACAUUUUGUGAACGAGCAGCACUAUAUGAUUAGCCCAAACUGGAUUUUGCCUCCGAGUAAUCGAACGUACGAUAUACAUAUAAGGAAUUAAGAAAUUAAUGAAUUGACAACAUCCCAGCACAAAGAUUCACAUAUUACGAAGCAAUAUGAAGUUUGAGAUGCAACGAACUAGAGAACCGGAGAUUUUCUAAACAGGGAAAUAUUUAUUUAUUUGUCUGAAAUCUCAGGGCCCUGGUAUCGACCCGUGAAAAUUGAUACCAGGAGCUGUGUUACUCGGAAACCUCUCACAAUAGCCGAAACCUCAGGACUGUUUAUGGAAAUAAAUUGGAUACGAUAGAACAGGAUGUGUGUAUGUGUGUGUGUGUGUGUGUGUAGAUAUAUAUAUUAUAUUAUUAUUAUUAUUAUUGUUAUUAUUACACACGUAUAUAUAUAUAUAUAUUAUAGUCUAAGUCAUAAUUGUUGAAAUAUUGUAGUAGCAUAUAACAUGAUCACACAAAUUGUUUGGACAAGACAUUUCAGUGUAUAUUUCGUGAACUGAAACGAAAACGGUACACUAUGAUGUGAUCUUCUGUACUUAACAUUAAUUUGAUAUUUACACUGCCAAAACUUAACGUGUAUUUAUGCAUACUAGCAGUGGCGGUUUCAGGAAGUUUUAAGAGUGGGUGCGCCUUUACGUCAUUUGUCUAGCAUUUCUGGAUAUACCACAUAAAUGUGUGGGGAGGGUGUGAGAGUGUGUGGGCGAGUGUGGUUUCUGAUAUUUAAAAACGACUACACGUGAAUUCAUUUUAAUAAAUGUGUUGUGUAUUUUGAAUAUAUAUUCUAGUCUGUUAAGCCCUGUAUACACGAUCAUACAUUUGUCGAAAAACUUUGUUGAACACGGCGGGACAAAUGUCCCCAUUUGUUCACGCUUGCAUAACUUUCCGUCUACACGAUGCAAUAUUCUUGGAUUUUUGUCCACAUUUGUUUGACGUUUGUUUAGAAUUUGUCAAAACAAACAAUGUGUCAGAAAUGAAAUUGGAGGGAAAAUGU